AUGUCCCUUCCUCUUACUUAUCAACAGGAGGUUUUCCGCGAGGCUUACCAUGAUGAUACACUUGUUGUCAUGGCUCGAGGCCUUGGGUUGUGUGACAUCGUCGCAAAUAUCCUACACUCGUACGAUGCAACAGGAAGGAGUCUUGUUCUUCUCGUCGGCGCUUCGGAAUUGGAAAACACGCGAUUCGGCGAACAGCUCGCAGAGAAAGCUGCAGUCUCUCGCACUCCAAACGCCCGCGGGCUACUUGUCAUAAAUACCAACGUUUCAAGCGUCGCUUCAAGGCCUCUUGGACCCUUCAAAAAUAGCAGGUCUGGUCGUGCUUCAUGCCGAAAGGUAACAAAGCUUAAGAAAUUGUCUACUUACGGUACCCCUUCAACCGGACUGAAACCUGCUUUUGCUGAUUACCUGGACGACAUUAGGGUUACGGCUAUUUCUCUGGAAGCCUUUAUUAUUCGGAUAUUCCGACAAAAGAACAAAACCGGUUUUGUAAAGGCAUUCUCAGAAAGGCCCGAGACAUUUUCUUCAGGGUUUUCUACGCUCUCCACGAUAAUGCGCAACCUAUUCCUCCAGAAGACUAGUCUAUGGCCUAGGUACCACGUCCGAGUUGCUCAAUCCCUAGAGGCUCGAAAGGCGGAAGUCGUUGAACUCGAGAUAAGCAUGACACCAGCCAUGCAAUCGAUUCAAAAUUCGGCUCUACAAUGCAUAGAGAUAUCAAUUAGUGAACUUCGGAAGGUGAACCUUGGGUUGGAUAUUGGGGAUUGGAGUGUUGAUAGUGCAUUGCACCGAUCAUUCGACAUACUUAUCCGGAGACAAUUAGAACCCGUAUGGCACCGAGUUAGCCCCCGCACGAGGCAAAUAGCAUCGGAUCUAACAACACUUCGUACAAUCCUUCUAAAUCUUCUAUCAUUGGAUGCUGUAUCAUUUCAUCAAUACUUAGAAACUGUCUUAGCCUCGAACGCUCCUACUAACAGUUUAAGCACCUUGGGGCACUCGCCGUGGCUCUACCUGGAUGCCGCUGACACCCUUUUCUCACUUGCUCGACGCCGGGUAUAUACCGGCAGCUUACCAAAAUCUCUUGACCCCACUUCGCUCAUUGAAACAGGGCUGGUAUUGGAAGAACUGCCAAAAUGGGAUGUUCUAUUGAACAUUUUGGAUGAAAUAUAUCAAAAUCGUCAAGGAUGCUUGAAUAAGAAUAAAAAUGGGCCAGUAUUAAUCAUGUGCCAUGAUAGACAGACAUGUGUGCAAAUAGCGGAAUAUUUGCAAUUCGCCAGUAAUCUGACCCCGGAAAAUGACAGACAAGAGCAAACAGGGAGAGAGUAUUCCUCGAAGUACAUGCGCCAGAAAUUCGCAAGUUUUCACGCUUGGAAAGUCGCUUUCUCAAGAGCACGCUCUUCCAAACUGCUACAAGAUUAUCAAGAAACUAGCUCUAAGCCAACAUUGCCACUGAGAAAGGUACCCCCGAACAAAAGACGUAGAUUAAGGGGAGGAGCACAACUUGCCACGACAAGUCGCGACCACGAUAGAUCGUUCGACAGCGGCAAGUCGGAAUACUUUGCAAAUCCAGACUCACGGAAUAAUUUGGAAAUACCUUUUGGGGAAGGAAUCUUCGAAGCACCAGAGUGUUCAGCGACAGACUUUGAGAUGCACGACCCUAACGACUCACUCGUUAUACAUCCCUAUAGUGCAGCAGACGAUAGCCUUCUCGAGGAGAUUCAACCCCAGGACGUGAUUAUGUACAGUCCCAACGCUAGUUUCAUUAGACACAUAGAAGUCUACCGAAGCUCCCAUUCGAAUAGCAAUGAUAUACGGGCAUAUUUUAUGUACUAUGGAUGUUCCGUGGAGGAACAGACCUAUUUGAGUACCGUCCGCAAAGAAAAGGAUGCAUUCACAAACCUUAUACGUCAAAAAUCAAGCAUGGCAACAACUCUUACUGUGGAUUCAUUCUCAGGGGAGGAUCCGCAGGACAAAUUCCUGAGGACCCUAAACACCCGGAUUGCCGGAGGAGGCAGGCUUAUAGCGACCGCGGAACCCCCUCGGGUUGUUGUAGAUGUCCGAGAAUUUCGAAGCUCUCUUCCUUCCUUACUUCAUGGCAAAAACAUUACAAUUGUCCCAUGCUCAUUAACUGUUGGCGAUUAUAUCUUGUCACCAAAUAUUUGCGUCGAGCGAAAAUCGGUAAAGGAUUUGAUAUCAUCUUUCAAGGAUGGAAGACUAUAUUCACAGGCAGAGGCAAUGCUUUCCGGGUACCAGGAACCUGUCUUGCUUGUCGAAUUCGAUCAGGAUAAAUCGUUCAGCCUCGAACCGUUCACCGAUUUGAAUUCCACGGCUGCCGCAGCCCGGUCCGACCUCCAGGCCAAACUUGUCCUGCUCACGCUCCAUUUCCCGAAGCUGCGAAUAAUAUGGUCCUCAAGCCCUUACCAAACUGCAGAAAUAUUCGAUGAAUUGAAGAAGAACGAGCACGAGCCGGACCCAUUGAAAGCAGUGUCGAUCGGCCUAGCCGAUGGAGAAGAUGGGUAUAGUACCUAUGCGCCAACCCCAAUGGAAAUUCUGAAAGCCGUACCGGGAAUAACCGAACAAAAUUACAAACAGAUCGUGCUUGAGGUUGAUAACAUAAUGGAGUUGGGCAACAUGAGUGAGAACAACCUAACAACCAUAAUUGGACCGGAAGCUGCGAGACGGGUGCACGGAUUUUUCGACACAAACAUGUAUAUAAGCUAG